CUGCCGCGGUACAGAGCCACAGACGAGCAGACGCGCAGGAGAACGGACAGACAGCGGGAAUCUUGUGUUGUUGUGUUCAAAGACUGACUGAAGUCCUGUCAUGCCUGUGGCCUCCAUCAGGACAGAGCCUGGGCCCCAGGUGUUGGAUGCAAUGAGUGACAGCACCACCAGCUCCACCAUUGCCAAUGAUCUGGACCUCAUCUACCUCAAAGGCAUCAUGGAGAGCCCUCCGGAUCCAGAGGAGAGCCCAAAAGAGCCACGACUGUCACCAGUCAGGGAGAACAAUGUGGAGCUCCUGCAGGAGAUCCUCAAAGAUCUGAACCCGUUCACACAUCGCUCUGACACUGCGGCUGAGCUCACUCGCAUUCUCACGCAGCCUCACUUUCAGUCUCUGCUAGAGACACAUGAUUCGGUGGCGUCUCGGGCGUGUGAUAGUCCUCCUUCCAGCCCGUGUGAUUUUAAUGAUCACGAGCCAGAGGACAGCCAGACAAACAACCUGCACCUGCCCUCUGACGCUGUUCGCAUGGUGGGCAUACGCAAAGUGGCUGGGGAGCAUCUGGGUAUAACCUUCAAAGUGGAGGGAGGAGAAUUGAUGAUAGCCCGCAUCCUUCAUGGUGGGAUGAUAGACCAGCAAGGUCUGCUGCAUGUUGGAGAUAUCAUCAAAGAAGUGAACGGGCGAGAGGUGGGCCAGGAUCCCAGAGUGUUGCAGGAGGAACUCCAGGCAGCUAGUGGGAUUGUGGUACUGAAGAUACUGCCCAGCUACCAUGAGACCAUUCCUCCAAGACAGGUCUUCUUCAAGUGUCAUUAUGACUACGAUCCAGCCAAUGACAACCUGAUUCCAUGUAAAGAGGCUGGUUUAAGGUUUGAAACGGGAGACAUCCUGCAGAUCGUCAACCAGGAUGAUGUCAACUGGUGGCAGGCCUGUCAUGUGGAAGGUGGGAGUGCUGGGCUUAUCCCCAGUCAGAUGUUGGAGGAGAAGAGGAAAGCUUUUGUCAAAAGAGAUGUGGAGCUGGCACCUGCAGGAAAUCUUUGCAGUGGUGCUGGAGGGAAGAAGAAGAAGAAGAUGAUGUAUGUCACCACAAAAAAUGCAGAGUUUGACAGACAUGAAAUUCUCCUGUACGAGGAGGUGGCCAAGGUGCCGCCUUUCAAAAGGAAAACUUUGGUUUUAAUUGGUGCUCAGGGUGUUGGGAGGCGUCGACUGAAGGCCAAGCUCCUCCUGAGAGAUCCACAACUCUUUGGCACCACCAUUCCAUACACGUCCCGAAAGCCCAAAAAGGGUGAACGUGAAAGUCGGAUGUACGCUUUCACCAGCCGCAGCAAAAUGGAGGCGGACAUUAAGAACGGGCGUUACCUUGAAUAUGGAGAAUAUGAGGGCAACCUGUAUGGCCUGAAGGUCGACUCGAUACAUGAGGUGGUGGAAGCAGGACGUGUCUGCAUAUUGGACGCCAAUCCUCAGUCUCUCAAAGUGCUGCGGACAUCCGAGUUCCUGCCCUACGUGGUGUUCCUCCAGUGUCCAGACUUUGAAGUGCUGAAAGCAAUGAAUCGCUCAGCUGUGGAGGCAGGAGUGGUCACAAAGACUCUGACAGAUGAAGAGCUGCAGAAGUCAUGCAAUGAGAGUACGAAGAUUAAAGCAGCCUACGGUCACUACUUUGACCUCACCAUCAUCAGUGAGAACCUUGAUGAGACCUACCGCACCGUCAAAGCUGCUCUGGAAACGGUUUCUAAAAACCCCCAGUGGGUCCCUGUUACCUGGGUGUUUUAGAAACAGCUGGGAAAACAAACAAAAAACACUGCUAAGAGUUUCUUGUGGACACACAGAUGGAUAAAUACUAGAUAUGACCUUAGCAGUAGCUAGACAUCAUGAACAAACUGUACCUAGACUGUGUGUGAACAAACACACACCAGCCACUUUACUGGGACUUCCUGUUCAUGUGCUAAUUGCUGAUCGGCCCACCAGGCAGCAGUUUUCCUUUUAGACAUUAAUGUCUGGUUCACAUGGCAAGAUUUUAAAGAUGCUGGUUAAUUUUCAAAGACUGAGAGACCCCAUAAAUGACUAUAAAAAUCAGAUAUAACAGGUUUGGUCCUACAGUGUGGUGUACACCCACACAGCGAAGACAGUACACAAAACAGAUUUCACUCAAACAUUCAGACAGGAAAUCUCAUGAGGUCUCUCAAGAUCAAACAUGAGUUCAGAGGAAAUAAACAUUGCAGACGAGUAAGAAGAAAUGGCCGUAGUCUGUGGGCUUUUUUUAACAGAGGAAAAAUGACGUCCACCAGUUUUUCUGGUGCUCCAUGGCAGCUGCUUUGUCUUCCGUAUUUUGGACUCCCCUCUGUUUACAUUACCUUACUUCCUGAUUGGCUUAUACAUCACAGUCAACAGGCUCGUUUAUCUUCAGGGGAGCACCACACACAGCAGGAAUAUCUCCAGAGAUUAUCUGUAGAGCCAUCGUGGUUAUCGGGGCAUCCUUAAGAUUGCCGGAUGGGCAAAAUCGGGUCAAAAAUGGGCAAAAUUACCUUACUGUGUGAACCAGGCUUUAGAUGUGGUGAAGAUGGCUCGCUGAAGUUCAGGUUUAAACCCUAGAGAUGGUCAUGUGUUCUGAACUUCAGCAGGUCUUCUACAUGCCUGAAGGCACUGAGCUGCUGAUAUUCAUUGACUGAUGAGUAGUUUGUGUCAACAAGCAGUAGAACAGGUGGACUUAAUAAAGUGGAUGUAAAAUGUGUGAGCACACAUUUUUAGUUAUGUUGAUGGGACCUGAAAUCCUUGUGGGGCCAAAAUCUGAUUCUGGUUGUAGAAUCUCUUGUUUACAGUGUCGAUGUGCGGGUCGGUCCAUAUAAACAUGCAUGUCUCAAGGAGUUUUAAAGUUCAGUCUGUUUUUAAAUGAUUGUGCUUUUACUGACAGACUUUGUUUAUGCUUAACAAGCAAGAUCAUCUGUCAUGGCCGCCUUUAAUCAGUAAGCUAUGUUUAUUGUCAGACACUCGUCAUGUGCCAUGGAAUUCAUAUGGAUAUAAAAAAACAUAUGAUCAACUUAUAUGAAAUAUUUUUUACUAUCUUUUUAUAGAAAAACUUAGUUUUCAAACAUCAUGGAAGACAGUAAAUCUAGCACCUUCAUCCCAUUUGUUUCUGCAAUAAACAUUAUUUACACAUGCUCUUGGCCUCACUUCAACUCAAACAUGACCAGGGGUUAAAGCCUACACAUUUUGUGAAAACAUGCUUAGUUUUUUAGUGUCGGAAUACACAUUCAAGGGAUUUCAAAACAAAAUGUCAUUUUUCUGAUCAGUUAUGCUCCUUUUCCAUUAGCGCCUCAACAGCACGGUGCAACUUGGCUCAAACUCACACAGCGUUUUCCAAAACUGUCUUCUAUUUUGUUAAAAGCAGUAUCAGUUUAGUCACAUUUUACACWGUUUCGCCAAGUCUGUAUGUAUUUAUUGAUUGUUGUACACAGUUUGUAGAAAACCUGUAAAUACACGAGGACGUGAGGGUGCAGUGCUCGCGAACAGAAUGUCAUUUAAUGAUGCCUUUGAUUACAUGAGUGGAAAUGUUUUAGUAACACCAUGUAUGUGUCAUCUAUCUCCCCCACACGUGCUUUGCUCUUAUAUGCUUUUGGGUUAAAACACAAAUGUUUUCAAUUUUUUUCUAUUCAAAUUUUAUUUUAUUAAUAAAUUUUUGUGGCAGCGUCUA